AAAAGUCCACAAAUCUGCGACGAUUAUAUUGGAGAAAUCUAACCCCAGUUCGCCACCGCCGACGUUCACCGCCCGCCGACCGCAGAUAAAUCAGAAGGAAUCGGGGUCGGAAAGGGAGAUGUCGAAAACGCUGCUUCAGCCGGUAGGGCAAAAGCGGCUGACGAACGUCGCCGUCGUUCGUCUCAAAAAGCACGGAAAUCGCUUCGAAAUCGCAUGCUACAAGAACAAGGUCCUCUCAUGGCGAUCUGGCGUGGAGAAGGAUGUGGAUGAAGUUUUGCAAUCUCAUACUGUAUAUUCCAAUGUCUCCAAGGGAGUUCUAGCCAAGUCCAAGGAUCUGAUUUCGGCUUUUGGGACAGAUGAUCCCGAGAAAGUUUGUAUGGAGAUUUUGGAAAAAGGAGAGCUACAAGUUGCUGGGAAGGAGAGAGAUUCACAACUUUCAAGUCAAUUCAAGGAUAUUGCCACAAUAGUCAUGCAGAAGACAAUCAACCCUGAAACGAAGUAUCCGUAUACAAUAAGCAUGAUUGAACGCCUGAUGCAUGAAAUCCAUUUUGCUGUUGACCCACAUAGUAGCUCUAAAAAACAGGCACUGGAUGUCAUCCACGAGCUUCAAAAGCAUUAUCCUAUUAAACGGGCUCCGAUGAGGUUACGACUGACCAUACCUGUACACCAUAGCACUUCCAUAUCGGAUAAGCUUAAGGAUUGGAAUGUUGGUGUUAUUUCAAGAGAGGAAGCUGGAAGUCAUCUUUCUAUUCUAUGUGAGAUUGAACCACACUUUUUUCGGGAUUGCGAUGCCUUGGUAAGGAAUUAUCAAGGGAGAUUGGAAAUCGUUGCAACUAAUAUACAUGUGGAAGGCAACACAUUUGUUGAUCAUUUUGAUGAUCACGAGGAUGAACUGUCAAGUCUGAGUGAAAAGAUGCAAAAACAGACCAUCUCAUCUGAAACUGAAAAUCCCAAGGGGGAGAGAAAGGUGAACAACCCGGCAAAGAGUGGGAGCUUGGAGGGCGAAACGAAACAAAACAAGUGCAGCACGUGCAAUGCAGUAAUGGGAGAUCCAAAGGAGUACAGGGAACACUUCAAGAGUGAGUGGCACAAGCAUAAUCUGAGGCGAAAGACCAAGCAACUUCCUCCUCUCACCGCAGAAGAGUGUAUGUCUGACGUGGCACUUCAUGACUCAAAGGCUGAUCUGAAGGAAUAUUCAUUUUGAGGUCGGUCUAAGUUUCUUCAUUGGUUGCAAGCAUUGCAUUAGUAAUACUGAAUGGUCUGUAAUGUUGGUGGGUUUUGUUCAUGAAGAAAACUUCUCUUUUCCUUUUUGAACCUGGAAUAUGCGCUUUUAUGUGCAAAACUAUUGCCGUAGACUUGUGACAAAGAAUGCAAAACUGUUGUCAUGAUUGAACUCCACACCCUCUGCUUGUGAUUGAACUCUAAUUUGAAGAGUAGGAAAAAGAAGAGAGGAAUAGGAUGCCCUAAGAAACAAGGCUUUUCCCA